AUGUCUCAUCCACCAAGAGAUUCUAUCCAGGAAGUGGAUUCGAGAACCCACCUGAUCGACUUGAACCAGUGGUAGUAGGCCUACAGUAAAUAUUCCAGGUGCGCUGGACAAAAAGUAUCAGCUGGUCCUUAUCUGCGGGAUGUUUUGGAACGAAACCUGCCGGCCUGGAAUUUGAUUUAGUCUACGUAGGUGCGUAACAGUAAAAUGCUGCCGUUUUAUAAUCUCUGUAACUGGAGGGGAUUUACUAGCUACAGACUAAUCCGUUGAGACCGCACAUCCAUCGUUUCGUUUUCCUGUGAUGUGUUGGUCAACAUAGUUUGUGAUACGUUUAUGAAUGUGAGGCAAUUUGAUACAUCCUUGCUGCGCAAGAGUCGCGAGCGCGGUCACGGAUAGACUGGCGCCAACGGUUCAAGAACAUUAACUGGCCCGAUUUAUAUCCAACUGAUCUCCAUGUAUCUGCCACGACGCUCAGCGAACACAGACCAUCGGUUUAUCAUUGUACAGUUAGCCCGCACGCUCUCCAUUUAGCGGGCCGCGGAGAGAUGCGCGCAGAUGUGGAGUACAGCCCGGUCGGCGAGGGGCUGGGGAUGAGCGAGUUCUGGCUAUAUGUGUGGAUGCGAAGGGUUGCAGUGAUCGCUGCGCAUGUCAUAGCUGUGGGUCUCACUGUACUGAUUUCAGUACUAUCCCGCCCGGGAACAAGUCUAUUUUCCUGGCAUCCUGUGUGUAUGUCUAUCGCAUACAUCCUGUGCCUGACCGAGGGGAUCCUCCUCUUCUCUCCCGAGGGGACUCCGUUCUGCUUCAAGGCACGGAAGGGUAAAGUCCGUCUGCACUGGUUCAUCCAGGCCCUGGUCAUAUUGGCUGCAGCCACCGGAGUUGGCUUCAUGGUUGCCAGCAAGAACGUGUCAGAGCGCCCCCACCUGGCCACCUGGCACAGCCUGCUGGGGGUGGGCACCCUGGCUGCCACCGUCCUCCAGGCCGCCUGCGGUAUCUGCCUCCUCUUCCCUAAGAUGCUCAAGCUGUCACCUCCACGGCUCAAGCUCUACCACGCCACCUGUGGCCUCGUGGUGUACCUGCUGGCGACUGUGACCGUGGUGUCGGCCAUGUUUUCUGACUGGUUCCAGGCCACGAUGAAGGGGGUGGUGUGGUACGCCUUCCUGCUGCUGCCGCUGUUCCCAGCCCUGGUGAUCAUGAACCAAAUCACUAACGCCUACCUGCCACGCAAGAAGAUCACCACCUGAGACUAAGUUGUAGGUUUUCACAGUACAGUAGACUGUAGAUCAGUGUCUCCCACACCUCUCAUGAGUACCCCCAGCCAGGCCAUGUAUUUGACAACUAGCACAGCUGAUUUAACUAACAAGGGGCUUGAUUUAUUAGGUGAUAAUUUCAAUCAGCUGUGUUAGUUCUGGAAAACGUCAAAUAAGUCGACUGUCUGUGGGUACUCAUGAGAGGUUGGGGAAACUGCUAUAUAUACAGAUAUACGUAUCUUGAAAGACUACCACCAGGAACUCAGUCUUACACAAGUACAAACAUAUACAAAGUACUAGUGACGGGAGUUAGUUGCAUACACACACACAUCUAUAAGAAGACCUGGGUGUGACCGUUGAAUCCUGAUAAACAUGUAUGGGACCUGCCCUGAAAGGCUACUGAAAGCUGACCUCUGCUGGGACAGAGCGGAUGUAACCCUGAAGUCGUCUCCAUUCCGUCAUCUGUUUCUCCAGAGGCUACUUUGCAAAUUUUACCAAUGUUUUACCAACCCUUUAUACGUUUUGUUUUAUGAUUCUUUUGUCAGCCUAUAUGUUACUGAACAUUAGCCAUUACGACACAUUUUAAAAAGGCUUUUUUUUUACCAGUGUUUGACGUCUUGUCCGGAGAAGUGUGUGUGUCAUUGUCAUUGACACUGGAAAAUAUGAGCUUUCUCUGAAUGAAGGUAUUCGCUAGAAACCCCUUAGCGUACAAAGGCCUAUUGGAUGUACCAGCACGAUGCCUAAACUUCUCCCAGUCUUAUUUAGUAGGUAAAAACCAAGUAGACCAAAUACCAGCAUGUUGUUGGGCCAUUUUUAUACUUGAUAAAGGGCAAAUAAGUCAAAAAGGGAAUAAUAUAGUAAGAGACCAUAAAGAUUUUUUUAAUCUAUUAAGUCUUCAUAUGUAUUGCCUGCUGUGGCAGCUGCAGGAGUAAGGGAGUUGGUUCCUAAUUUUGUUUUCAGAGCAUACCUCGAACUCUGUAUUUCCUGCUAUGCUAUAGGUCAAGUUUACCAGCAGCAGCUAAAGUAACUUGGCGUCGGACUAAUAAAAUGGCCUUUGGUACCCAUGUUGUAAAACACAGUUCCUUGAACUACUCAAAUCUCUUCUCUGCUUCACUUGCUUGUAAAACCAAUCCAACGCCCUCCUGAUUUAAUAAACUGUCUCCUCAUUUUAACUAAUGCAAGGUUGUGUUUACUGACUACAACGAGUGGCUGAAUUGAGUUUCUAAGGUAAUCUUUUUAGUGUGACUAUAUGCUCUAAUAGUUGUGUCGUUUGAGUUCCGGGAAUUGGGCGAAUGGACUCGCACUGUGUACUUGCAGUUCGAAAAUUUUGCCUAGUUUUCACUUCUGCGCACCUAUGAACAUAGAUAUGUUGAAAAGUUUUUCUUCAAUGUUUGUUACGAGCACCUAAUGAAUGUAGCCUAUCCUACUAAGGGCUAUGACCUUCAAACUCUGUGCUCAUUAGAGUAAGAAGUGGCCCCUAACCACUGAUACAGGAGAAAAUAUUUUCUCAUCCCCCCUAUAGGUUAGCAUUGAUAUGGGGUGUAGGGAAAUCUGAUCCUAGAUCUGUGUUUGAGGCAACUUCUACCUUGUGUUCUGAACUGUAAAGUUGCAGUGAACCUGCUGAUGUGUUGUCUAAAUAAAAACCUUGA